AUGAUCACAAAAGAAUGCUGGGAAUAUCUUUAUGGCGUAUAAAUUCAGAUUUUCGUCUUGGUUAUACUUUUGAGGACGUAAAAGCUAUUUUUUGCCCAUACAGAGCUAGUGUGGGGUACUUUAUAAAAUAAAUACACACAAAAAAAAUCAAAAUGCCAUUAUGUUGUGCCGAAGACACAAGUAUCAAUUUCAACAUCUUUUUUACAAUUAAUUAAAUGUACUGCUGCUGUUAACGGGUUCCGGAAUUUCGUUUCCUGCACUGGUACAGUCUCUUUAGGAAACAUGCCCAGAUUAGUCUCUGUUGGAGGUUACAGUAAUUAAAGCAAGGUCAAGCGUAUCCCCAUAGAUUGCAUUAAUGAAUCGAUUUUUGGUCAUUUUUUUCUGUUUUUGGUCAGAUUGUAUAUCUUUGUAUCGAUAAAAUUGCUUCAAAGACGUUUACAACAAUUUCAAGGAAACUGAGCUGGUAGAAACUUCAUAACUACCUUACGUGUAAAUUUCUGCUCAUUACGCGUGCAGGAAUGCAGAGAUGAAUCUGAAAUCCACAACUACUAACGGAUUCAACUUUCAAACAAUAAAGGAAGUAAUGGACUCUUGGGUGGGUAGGCUUGGUCUGGCCUGACAAUAAAUUCUAAUUUUCCGAAGACGAUCCCCAUACUUCUCAUAUGAGGGAGCCACCUCCUUUAUUUCAGCAGAAUAACUCUUCUCCUUUUUUUUCAGCGUGUAAGCUCCUGAACCGGACGGGCUAUCUUACUUCAUGUUCGCUUAAUUGUACCACACCGGACACCAGUAGAGUGCAAGGACUGGGUAACUCAAAGUUGUUUUUUUCUUUUUUAAUGCUAGUUUGAAAGUCGAGGCCAAAAUUUUUUGCACUCGUGUUAUUGAGUUUGAAAUAUUUGUGAACAAAACGUAAUAUUUCCGUUAUUGAAGUCUUAAAAGUUCUCUCUUUAACCUUUAAAAACGAAUGUCCUAACUAGACAGUGAACAUUGGUGUCUUAAAAGGAGCCUUAGUGUAUGCGCUACCACUUUCGCAGAAAAACUGACAAGCAACACAGCGCGCAGACUCAUACGCCUGAUAAUGCACCUAGAGCAAGUAUGCAGUGCGUGAACAGGCUCGAAGUGGGAGAUAAAAAGAAAAAAAAGGAAAGAAAAGAAAUGAAAGAAACGUCCAUUUACUCCUUUCCCCACCUCCACCCUCUCACGCUUUUGUUCAAUAAAUCCACCAUGAUUUUUAUUUUCAUACGCGCUUAACGAUCUCUAUAAGGAUAUAAUAGAAUGUUUAUGAACAGGCAAAAAUACACUGUGUACUAGUCUUGACGUCUUCUCAUCUUUGGACCAUUCGUUUUUGAUAUUAUUUUGCAAAACUUCAUUUUGAGACUUACGUUUUUUACCCUUGAAUUUCACCACUGGAUUUCUCUGCUCGCUUGGAUCAAGUAGCCAACAAAAUACUCCACUUACUUGCUGCAAGAACUAAUAACAAUUCAACAAAGAUUUUUUUGCGCGUUAAUUUCCAAGACGAUUAAAUAGUGUAUAGUGAAUUAAAAGAGCUACGGUAGCUUUAAAUUUAGGGGCUGCCCAACAACUUAGCAAAGCCGAUGUGGUGGGGGCUCGGUGAUGUAGUUUGAGGAUGCGCAUUCUUUUCUUUAUCGAUAAGAGCCGAGUGUUAUUUCAUUUUGGUUGCGUUUGCCGAAUAUAUUUUUUUCUAAACCACCCAACCCCGCUGAAGGUCAUACCGGUGUAAAAAAGGAAGAUGAGACAGAUGCAAAUAAGAAAAGACCAAUUUCUCCCUUAUCUAUAUUUGACAGAAUUUUGAAAAAGUAAUGUUUAAGAGUGGCGCAUUUUAUCAAUGAUAAGAAUAUCUUGUUAUCAUCUCAGUAUGGUUUUAAAUCAAAAAUAUAAAAAAUAAAUUAAUUAUAAAAUAAGUAAAUAAAUAAUAACGUGGGCUAAACGAGAUGUCGGCCUAGAAUGCUUUCCCUCGGGAUAAGCCAACCUCGUCCCAAGGGCGCAAGCACGGGAAAAGCGCCCUGGAUACGAGGUUGGUGAUUAGCAUCCUUUGACAGUACUCCUUUCUACCCAUACUGCACUUCAACUGAAACCGCCCCAGUCCCCACUGCUCCCUUACCGCAGAAAUAUCUCAUUUCAAGCUAAUUCGUAUCCAUCCACUCAGACUAUUUUAGUGCAUCUUACAUAAAAAUUUUAUUGACUGACGAGGCUCGAAGAGCGAAAUAUAUUUCAAGGGUUUAAACUUCUAGAACAUUUUUAUUUUUACAUUUUACAUUUCUUAUACGCGCGUCGAGUGUGGUAAAGACAUGAUCUCGUAUCUAUCCAAACACCAUUCCAUUUGUUUAAAAGAACAUUUACUUGACUUGAUAAUGACCAGUUAUAUGAUAUUUAUUGUUUAUAGUUACAUUUUGUUUAUUUUAGCAGUACAACUCCUUUUGAAUUUGAAGUCAAUAAUUACCUGAAGACAUCAAAACGUCAGUACAAAUCGAAAUCACUGAUUUAAUCUCAAUUGUUUUCCUAAAAUUUCCGUUAUGAAUAUUUAAUAACCAAAUUUGCUUUAAGAAAUUGGUACUUAUCCGUAUAAUUAUCAUAAUCUAAUGACGACAUGAUGCAGACCUAGAAAACUUACAACCCUCUCCUAUAGGACGUCAUUUAUACAGCUCGCUCUCUCUACUCCAGUCUAACUUGGGUACGGAAAAAAAAUGUUUCAAUUAAAAUUGAAAUAAAAAGAGCGACGUCUAAGCGAGACCUGAUGUCUAGAUUGCAAAUAUAACUGUUAAGAAACAAUUUCCAAGGGGGACAAUCGAAUUGAAUUGCAGACUUAAUGUCUUGUUUCUGUUUAAUCAACUUUCAGUUGGCUGGCGCAAAGUAAACAAGUGGCCAGUAUGUUUUGAAGCCAAAGGCAGCCGGUUCGGAAGAUUUUACGUCCCACGGGGGAGAUUAGCUGCCAUAAAGCUGGUUCAUCUGUACGGAUACGUGUCCUGUCACGUUCACGGCCCAUCUUUCUGGUCCUACUGGGGCUGUGGCGACAAUCCGUCGAUGGGGUUAAACACUCUAGUCAACGCUGUCAUCACAGACUCAGACAACCACAUUCUACUCCCGCCAAUUCAGUUCCAGAAGAUCAGCAACUUAAAGUGGUACAGGGUUCCCGGAUAUAAUUCCCUCUCACCUGAGCUUGUUCUGCCAUUCUUUACGUCUCCCAGACGGGUCCAUCGGAAACAAGAAUUACGCGUGUGGUACGGUGAAAACUUGGUGAAUUUAAGCGAAGGAGACAACGGAGGAAAAGUGUGCGCUGAUGUCUAUGCUCUCUGUGUG